AUGAGUCUGGACAAAUUUUCAAGUCGGGAUAAAGGGUCAAGUCAGAUUAAAUUCUUAAGUCAAGGAAGAGGAUUCGUCAAGUCAAAAGUAAGUCAGGAUAAAGGAAUCUUCGAGUCAAGAAGGAAAAUCUGGUCAGAUGCUCGGGUCAAGAAAGUGGGUCAAGUCAAAUGGGAUUCUAAGGUCAAGUCAAAGACAUGGGCUAGUCAAGGAAAUUUUAAAGUCAAGUCAGGUCAGUCUAGUCAAGUAAAGGAAAUCAGACAAGUUGAAGUAAAUCUUCAGACCAAGCCAAGCAAAAAUGAAAGAGUCAACUAA